UUUUUGACAGUUCCUCUACGACGGUGCUGCCUUAAAGUUUAUUAAAGCAUUGUUUCCAUUCGAGGGGUGAAUUAAACAUAAUUUUACAAUAAAUAACCACAAAAAUUGCCUUUUAUUAAAAUAAAAUAAUGGACAUCGGAGAAUUAUUAUCCUACAAGCCUCCGAACACUCCAAAACGAGGAUUGGGAGGAGAUAUUCAAGAUGAUGAGGAAGAUGAAUGGGAGAGUUCAAGAAGAAGAAAGAAGGUCAUCAGAACUCCGUAUCAUCCUCGUCAAAGGCAAAUUGACGUUGAAAGUACUCCAGUUCGCAAUAUUGAACCUCCAACUCCAAUUAGAUCGGAUCUUCCAUCCUCGGUUCACGACGUAGUCGAAACACAACUCACGGAGGAGGAGAAGGAAGAUAUUCUCAAAUAUGUUGAAACAGAAGCUGCCGAAACGGAACUUCUCGAUGAAGUUUCCCUCAAGCGAAUGAUUCUCCUCUUUGAAAAGCGAGCACUCAGAAAUCAGGAAAUGCGAGUCAAAUUUCCCGAUCAACCAGAAAAAUUCAUGGAAUCGGAGAUCGAAUUACAUGAGACAAUACAGGAACUUCGACAAGUAUCAACUUGUCCAGAUUUAUAUCCAACAAUGGUGGAAUUAAACGUUGUUCCUUCACUACUGGAACUUUUGGCACACGAAAAUACUGAUGUUGCGGUUGGUAUUGUCACUUUAUUGCAAGAUUUGACGGAUAUGGAAAAUUUUGACGAGACUAUCGACAGUGUUGAAUCGCUGAUAAAUGCACUUGUCGAUCAACAAGUUUUUGCACUUCUUGUACAGAAUAUUGAGAGGCUGGACGAAACUGUCAAGGAAGAAAGCGAUGGUGUACACAAUACAUUGGCAAUUUUUGAAAAUAUAUUGGAAUUUAAUCCUGAACUUAGAGCGGAAGCGGGAAAACAGGGAUUAAUGCAGUGGCUGUUGAAAAGAAUAAAAGCAAAAAUGCCCUACGAUGCGAAUAAACUUUACGCUAGUGAAUUAAUUUCAAUUCUCCUUCAAGAUUCGACUGAAAAUGCUACACUUUUGGGUGAUUUGGACGGUGUUGAUGUUUUACUUCAACAACUUGCGUAUUACAAGCGUCACGAUCCACAAAGUGCGGACGAACAGGAAAUGAUGGAAAAUCUUUUUAACGUUUUAUGCUCGAGUUUGUUAUUAACCGUAAACAAAGACAGAUUCCUCAGGGGUGAAGGUCUUCAACUCAUGAAUUUGAUGCUCCGCGAGAAGAAAAUGUCAAGAAAUGGUUCAUUAAAGGUUCUCAGUUAUGCAAUGAAUGGUCCAGAUGGUAAGGACAAUUGCAAUAAAUUUGUCGACAUUCUGGGCCUGAGGACAAUAUUUCCCCUCUUUAUGAAAACACCAACGAAAAAUAGAAAAAAAUUAUUGUCCGUUGAACAACACGAAGAAUAUGUUGUUUGGAUUAUUGCCAGUAUGUUGAAAAAUUGUAAAGGCACGCAGAGACAGCGGUUACUCAGUAAAUUUACUGAAAAUGAUUUUGAAAAAGUGGACCGACUCAUGGAACUUCAUUUUAAGUAUUUAGAAAGAGUGGAGGAAAUUGAAAAGCAGACGCAGGACGAGACUGACGAGGAUGAAUCUUAUUUAAAAAGACUCGAUGGCGGUUUAUUUAUUCUACAAGGUGUAGAUUAUAUUCUUCUAGAAGCAUGUGCCGGUUGUCCUCCGGCGGUUAAACAAAGAGUUACAAGAAUUUUAUCACAGAGACGAGCGUCUCUGAAAACAAUCAGACACAUAAUGCGAGAAUAUGCAGGCAAUUUGGGAGAUGCCGCAGAACCAGAGUACAAAGAAGCUGAACAGCAACAUAUUCUUCAGUUAAUUGACAAAUUUUAAAUAAGUUUUCUUUUUUUUUGUAAAAUGAUUUUUUUUAAGGAUCAUUAUAUAGUAAUUUUAUACUGUCAAGGUAUUUAUAUUUUUGAGUCAACUUCUAAAAAUAUAGGAAAAGUGAAAAAAAUACAAAUUUAUGAUUUGAAGAGAUGACUAUUAAAUUUAUGAUAAUAAAACAUUUUUAACUUUCUUCUA